UUUCGUGUGGCUAUCAGCUGUGGUCUCUGAGGGAAGUCAGAUCUGCUGCCAUCCUCUUUAAUGAUUGAUCCAAAUGUCAACAUGUUUGAGUCCAAGUCCAGGACGGUGCUUUGAUUCUCAGUCAUCUACUCAGGAGGCUUCUGCUGUUCGAUAUUCCAGAUAUGAUCCAGUUCUAGUUUAAAUUCUGACUUUUUCUUCAAAAUUAUACAGAGUUUAUGAAUUUAAGCGUCUGGUCUGCUCUGAACACUCAACAUGGACUUUAUUUCUGCUCUUCAGCUGCUCAUAGGUCUGAUGAACCUUCUGCUGCUCUCAGACUGUGAGAAGAUCAAGCUGGUGGGUCCAACCCGGUGCUCCGGCCGGGUGGAGGUCUUCCACAGGGACAGCUGGGGCACGGUGUGUGACGACCACUGGAGCAUCUCCAACGCCGAGGUGGUCUGCAGGGAGAUGGACUGUGGGACGGUGAUCGAGGCCAAGACAGGAGCAUUCUUCGGCGAAGGGAAGGAGCACAUCUGGCUGGACGACGUUCAGUGUACCGGCUCAGAGUCCUCCAUCUUAAAGUGUCCUCACAGAACCCUGGGAAUCAACAACUGUGGACACGGAGAGGACGCCGGCGUCGUCUGCUCAGACUUUGUGCGUCUGGUGAACGGCAGUAACCGCUGUAACGGCAGGGUGGAGCUCUACCAAGGAGGACACUGGAAGAAGGUCUGCAGCAGCGACUGGACCAAGGAGGACGCCGACGUGGUCUGCAGAGAGAUCAGCUGUGGAAGUCCUCUAUCCCAGACCGUCCCAUCACACUUUGGAGAAGCCCACAACCUGAACGGAGUGAAAACCCACUGCGUUGGAAAUGAGAGCUCCAUCUCAGAGUGCACACAUCAGGACACCUCAGAGAGCUGCACCGACGCUACCGUCGUCUGUACCAGUAGACCGCCAAGUCCGGGCGCCUUCUUCGGUGAAGGUCAAGGAGACAUCUGGCUGGAUGACGUCAACUGUUUCGGAAAUGAGACGUCGCUGCAGCACUGCAGGAGGCCUUCGUUUGGAGAGAACAACUGUGGACACAGUGAGGAUGCUGGCGUGGUCUGUUCAGGAAUGGUCUACAUUCAGGUAUGGUCUAUGUUCAGGUAUGGUAUGGUCUAUGUUCUGGUAUGGUCUAUGUUCUGGUAUGGUCUAUGUUCUGGUAUGGUCUCAUCUGGUCUGGUCUAUGUUCUGUGUCAGUAUGUCUAUGUUCAGGUAUGGUAUGGUAUGGUCUAUGUUCUGGUAUGGUAUGCCACCAUCAGACUGAUCAAUGUGGGACGGAUGAGUGUUCUGGUCGGGUCGAGCUGCACCACGGAGGACCACUGGGCAUCCGCCAGCAGCGUUAAUUGGGAAUGA